AGCAGCCCACACCAAAGUAGAGGGAUAUUGAUCUCAGGCUUUCACUUGAGGAACAACUGGUCUUAACACUGCGUUUCUUGUUUUCAAUCUACGUUUUCUUUUAUUGACUAAAAGUGGUUGGGUCUAGGAUCUCAGACAAAAGUUUUUUUUUCUUCUCUUAUCUGGAUGCUGGACACUGAAGCAGGAGACCGUGUAGCUUCUGCUUAGUCACCGAAGAGCCGUCUUAACUUCUGUUUUUUGACUCAUGCUUUCAAUAGAGAGGCUCUGUUCAGGUGGACGAAUGUAAAAAACUUGCCUUCAACCUUCUGUUUACCUGAAGACAACUAUAUUUUGUUUGACAUGUAGAAACUGCAAACGACACAAAAUUCUGAGGGAUAAAGGAAGAUCUCAACAUGUACAACUCACACACUUUACUUUACCUGGGAAUGCUGAUAGUGGCGGUGGCUGGAAACAAGAUGCUGGAUGAGUGCUUGUCUGUAGACCAUACAUACACCAUGAAUGUCGUGGUGCUGGAGGACAAUACUUAUAAGUGGAGUCGGCCGUAUGUGCAGGCGGCUGUGGAACGAGCCAUUGAAGAGGACAGGCGGGAGAACAGUUAUGUUGGUUUAAACUUCACUUUGACGGCUAACUACUAUGGGUUCAACACGACUGUGUACAACCGGCAGGGCUGUGGGAGCAGCACCUGUGAGGGGGUGGCAAUACUCAAGAUGCUGCAUAGUAAAGGUGAAGUUGGAUGUGUCAUGCUGGGCCCCUCCUGCACUUAUGCCACUUUCCAAUUAGUGGAUGAUGAUCUUGGCCUGAGCCUGAGCAUUCCUAUCAUCUCUGCUGGGAGCUUCGGCCUCUCGUGUGACUAUAAGCCCAAAUUGACUCGUAUUCUGCCUCCGGCACGCAAGAUCUCAGACUUGCUCCUCCACUUUAUGAAAGAAACCUUGCCAUUUAAAGAUACUUGGAAGAAAGUCUAUGUGUACAAGAAGUCCAGCAACGCAACUGAAGAUUGUUUCUGGUACAUUAAUGCACUGGAAGCAGCCUCUGCUAACUUUGCCACAAACACCAAAAGAGAGAUGCUGCGAUCGGAAGAAGAGCUGACCAGUGCUCUCAGUAAAAAUGAAAGACACAGCAACAUUUUCAUCAUGUGUGGCAGCGUUGCUGACAUAGUUUCAGCAAAGAAUAAGACUUCCCACAUUGAUCAAGACACUGUGUUCAUUCUCCUUGAUAUUUACAACCCUGAGUACUAUGACAACACAACAUCCAGCAAGGCUAUGCAGGAUGUACUUGUGAUCACUCUGCCACAGAGGAACUAUACCUAUGGAUCAAACUCAGCAUACAAUCACACGAUAAAUGAUUAUGUGGCUGGGUAUCACGAUGGGGCUCUACUGUUUGGCAAAGUGCUCAGAGAGAGGAUGCUCAGUCAGCGAAGUAACAAAGGUUCCCCUCAAGUACCUCUGAGUGACAAUCCCUUUGGAAAUGCCUCUUUUUACGGUAUGGGAGGACACUAUGUGCUCGAUGAGUACGGUGACAGAGAUGUUAACUUCUCUAUCAUUUACACAUCAGCUAUCACUGGCAAGGUGAGACUACUGUCCAUUCAGCAGUUAACAAAUUUUACCUUAAGUUUGCAGGACGUGAUUAUGAUUGUUCUGAGUCUCAGUGUAGUCGUGGUGACAGCGAUUGCUCUCAUCUUCUACAGGCAGAACAGGAAAGAGCGUCUUAUGCGGAAGAAGUGGUCUCAUAUCAACCCACACCUGAUUUGUCCACUGGAUGAGAGGGAGGUCUCUCUGAAGAUUGAUGAUGAUAAGAGGAAGGACAGCACAUACUUCAGUCACCGAUGCCGCUAUGAUAAAAAGCCUGUAGUCUUAAAAGAGCUGAAGCAAACAGACGGAGACUUCACUGAGGACCAGAAGAUUGAGCUGAACACACUUCUGAGUAUUGAUUACUACAACCUGACCAAGUUUUACGGCACGGUCAAGUUUGAGUACGGUGUGUUUGGGGUGUUUGAGCUCUGUCAGAGGGGCUCCCUGAGGUACAUUCUGAAUGACAGGAUCUCCUACCCAGACGAAACCUUCAUGGACAUGGAGUUUAAGAUAUCAGUCAUGUAUGACAUAGCAAAGGGCAUGUCAUAUCUCCAUUCCAGUAACAUUGAUGUCCAUGGACGUCUCAAGUCCACCAACUGUGUGGUCGACAACCGCAUGGUGGUUAAGAUCACUGACUUUGGCUGUCACACCAUCCUGAGUCCAGGCAGAGACUUGUGGACGGCCCCGGAGCAUCUUCGUAAAGAUGGGGUGUCUCAGAAAGGCGAUGUUUAUAGCUAUGCCAUCAUUGCUCAUGAGAUCAUUAUGAGGCAGGCCCCAUUCUACACACAGUGCUGCACUAAUCCUACAGAGAAGAUCUACAGAGUGCAGUUUCCUAAUGGAAUGGGUUUCCUUAGACCUGACCUCAACUUUGAAGGUGCAUCAGAGAGGGAGGUUGAGCUGUACAUGCUGAUAAAAAGCUGCUGGGAUGAAGACCCAGAACGGAGGCCAGAUUUUAAAAAAAUUGAGAUAACUCUGGGUAAGAUUUUCAGUAACCUGCACAACCAAGCCAGUGAGACAUACAUGGACAACCUGAUCCGUCGCCUGCAGAUGUACUCCAGAACUCUGGAGCAUCUGGUGGAGGAGAGAACCUCUUUGUACAAGGCUGAGAGGGACAGAGCUGACCGCCUCAACUUUAUGCUACUUCCUGGCCCAGUUGUGCGCUCGCUGAAGGAGACGGGCAAAGUGAAACCAGAGCUAUUUGAGGAGGUGACCAUCUACUUCAGUGACAUUGUGGGAUUCACUACCCUCUGCCACUACAGCACACCCAUGGAGGUGGUUGACAUGCUCAACGACAUCUACAAGAACUUUGACGGUAUCCUCGACCACCAUGAUGUCUACAAGGUUGAGACAAUAGGAGAUGCAUACAUGGUUGCAUCAGGUUUGCCCAAACGCAAAGGCGACAGGCAUGCAGUGGACAUCGCCCUCAUGGCCCUGGACAUGCUGGCCUUUGUAGGGACAUUUGAGUUGCUGCACCUUCCUGGCAUCCCUCUGUGGAUUCGUAUUGGUGUGCAUUCAGGACCGUGUGCAGCAGGAGUGGUGGGGAACAAGAUGCCUCGCUACUGUCUUUUCGGAGAUACAGUCAACACUGCUUCACGCAUGGAGUCCACAGGCCUGCCUCUGAGAAUUCAUGUCAGUCAGUCCACCAUCAACGUCCUGCAGAGGACAGAUUGCCAGUUUGAGUAUGAAAAAAGAGGAGAGACGUACCUGAAGGGUAAAGGCAAAGAGAUGACAUACUGGUUAACAGGAAUGACUGGGGGAAAAUACAGCCUGCCGACACCACCAACAGCGGAGAACUUCCAACGGCUCCAGCAGGACCUCGCAGAGAUGAUUGUGGCCAGUCUGGAGAAGCGUGGAGACAGAAGUGACAGCCUCAAAAAAACCUUGUGCACCAAAGUCCGUCGGACAGAGACCAACAGCAGCCUGCAGAGGGCCAGCUCGCCAGAGUACUUCCACCUGGCUGUCACUGACAACCCCAGUACCUACCUGUGAUUUCAGAGAACCUUUUUGUACAAUAUCAGCCAACAAGUAGACAUUGU